AUGAGAUUGGGUUCUUUGGCAUGCUUAAAAACCCGCGGAUACAUGGUAAGUUUUGGGCAUUCCUCCGGUAUGCCAGAAUCACUACCAUCAGCACUUGAUGCGAAAUCGCUGUUCUUGACAAGGCCCGCCCUCAUGCACUACAGUCUAACACGGGAGGAGCUGCUUGAAACUGCUGGAGAGCUAUUUGCUGGUGUCACAUCAGGGGUCUUACGAGUCCGUGAGUUGGGACAGUCGGAUAGCACAAACAUUCCAAUAAGUGCAUGCUCAAUUUGGUCUGUCCCCAAAUGGGAGCACUUUCUACCAGCAGCAGCUACAAUGGUCAAAGCUAUUAGGGUUCAUGAACUUGGUGGACCUGAGGUUCUGAAAUGGGAGGAAGUGGAAAUAGGAGAGCCAAAGGAAGGAGAGAUCAGAGUGAAGAAUAAGGCCAUUGGGCUUAACUUCAUCGAUGUACACUUUCGCAAAGGAGUUUACAAGGCUGCCACAAUACCUUUUACACCAGGUAUGGAAGCAGUUGGUGUGGUGACUUCCCUGGGUCCUGGACUAACGGGCAUGAAAUUUGGAGAUCUAGUCGCUUAUGCUGGUAACCCAAUGGGUUCAUAUGCUGAAGAGCAGAUCCUUCCGGCAGAAAAAGUGGUGCCUGUUCCUUCCACUUUGGAUCCUGUUGUAGUUGCAGCUGUCAUUCUCAAAGGAAUGACUACUCAAUAUCUAGUUCGUCGGUGUUUCAAGGUUGAAACUGGACACACAGUUCUUGUUCAUGCAGCAGCAGGUGGAGUUGGGUCUCUGUUGUGCCAGUGGGCAAAUGCCCUUGGUGCCACUGUCAUUGGAACCGUCUCAACCAAAGAAAAGGCAGAUCAAGCCAAAGAUGAUGGAUGUCAUCAUGUCAUAAUGUACAAGGAAGAGGAUUUUGUUACCCGUGUCAAUGAGAUAACAUCAGGCAAGGGAGUUGAUGUUGUCUAUGAUUCCAUUGGAAAAGACACCUUUCAGGGUUCUUUGGCAUGCUUAAAAAUCCGCGGAUACAUGGUAAGUUUGGGGCAGUCCUCCGGUACACCAGACACACUGCCAUUGUCAGCACUUGCAGCAAAAUCGCUGUUCUUGUCAAGGUCCCACCUCAUGCACUACAAUCUAACACGGGAAGAGCUGCUUGAAACUGCUGGAGAGCUAUUUGCUUGCAUCACAUCAGCGGUCUUACGGAUCCGUGUAAAUCGUACCUACCCCUUAUCUCAAGCUGCACAGGCACAUGCUGAUCUUGAGGAUCGGAAAACAUCGGGAUCUGUUGUCCUGAUACCAGAUGGUGUUGACCAGUAA